UUUCUUGGCCUGAAAUUCAGUUAGUAUUUCACCUAAGUGUACAUUGUACAAUGCUAAGUAAAGUAUUAAGCCUCCUCCUUUUCACUUUUGGAACAACAUCUUCGUUUGAUCCGUACUCCCCUGGACCAUUCAAAACUAAAUAUACGAGCUACAGCUCACUAUGGAAUCUGGGAUUAUCUAAUGAUAUUGAUGUUUGGGCACCUGAUACUAACGAACCUCUAGUCUCUCCCAUCAUCUAUAUGGUUGGAGGAUUCGGAGGCCUUCUUCCAGGGUCAGCUUAUUAUACUUUACUAAACAGGAUUGCAAGUUUUGGAUUCACCAUUGUUCAACCCUGGAUGUUAGGGAACAAUCCAGUCACAAAUUACCAGGGAGUUUGGUUAAAUGAUGUGAUGGAUUGGGUUGAGAUUCAUCUUCAGGAUAAACUGGAAAACGAGGAAAUUGGAUACGGACUUGUGAUUGAUCAUGAUUCUAAAUUCUUGAUGUCUCAUUCGUCAGGAGGUCAUAUUGUUGUGGAGUUUCUUAAGCACAACUGUCGAGAUAUCAAGGGACAGAUACUGUUCUCCCCUGUGGAUGGUUUUGAUCCUUAUGGUAUUGUGGAUAUCUACGCUAUCACACCUGGACAAUAUCUGAACUAUGAGAUACCUAGUCUAAUUUUGAUGUGUGGUCUGGAGGCUUUACCAGGUCUAGAUGGACUUGGAAACCUGGUUCCACCAUGUGCUCCAGAAGAAAAAAGUAAUAUGAGGUUCUUUAAUGCAAUGGCUGGAAAUACUUGGUUGGUGAAUGCUACAGACUACGGACAUUGUGAUGCACUAGAACAAUCUGUUAUUGAUAUCAUCCAGUUGUCCCAUUUCUGCAGUGCUGCUCCUAAGGACGCUGACAGGGACGCCUACAGGAGUUUUGUAUCUGGAGAGGUGGUGUCCUUCAUUGAUUUUAUACUAGGAGACGAGGCCUGUCAGACAGGAGAUUACAUUCAGGAUCCCACGUUAAUGCCUGUCUCAACAACUGUUUUGAGAAAAGAUAGCUUUCUCACACAUCCAUCUCAUUGCAAACAGACACACUGUAAAUGGCAAGAGGACCCGUUUACUAAACCCUAAGCGACCUGGACUACUUAAUCUGAAUGAGACGAAGACAUAAUCUGUGAAUCAGAACUAAUGUGAUGCUAUUUGUUUUAAGAAAAUAUAUGCUACAUGCAGA